ACAGGAAAUGACGUCAUAAGCCGGAGCCCUGGAAGCAAAACUGGAUGAAGAAGCAAAUAGGGCAGUGACAACACCGUGUCUGAACAAAACAAGACCGGAGAAAAAUGGCCGAAGUCGAUGAACUCUCGCAGCUGGAGUACCUAUCACUGGUGUCCAAAGUCUGUACGGAACUUGACAACCAUCUGGGCAUAAGUGAUAAAGAUUUAGCUGAAUUUGUCAUUCACCUCGCUGAAAAAGAACCAACAUUUGAGGGAUUUAAAGAUGUACUUCUUAAAAAUGGAGCAGAAUUCACAGAUUCUCUCACCAGUAACUUGCUUAGGCUUAUUCAGACGAUGCGGCCUCCUUCCAAGGCAUCUACAAGUAAAGCGUCUGAGCCCAUCAAACCAAAAUCAGAGAAGGAGAAACUGCGGGAGAUGUUCCCUGCUCUCUGUCGAGCAAAUGAUCCAGAACCAAAAAAACUUCUUGACGAAGACGAUGUUAAAGUAGCUGCUGAUGCCAUGAAAGAGCUGGAGAUGUUCAUGCCCAGUGUCAGCGGGACUGAUACAAAAAGCACUAAAAGCAAGUCAGAGAAAAGUAGACGGAGCAGAAGCCGCAGCAGGAGUCGAGAUAGGGACAGACACAGAGAUCGCGACAGAGAGAGGGACCGCGAUCGAGAUCGUGACAGGGAUCGUGAUCGUGACAGAGAUCGUGACAGACGACGGCGACACAGAUCUCGCUCCCGGUCAAGGUCCCGCUCUAGAGACCGUGAGCGUCAGAGGGACCGAGACUAUCGUGGUAAAAGACCACAAAAGUCAUCACGGUGGUCAGACCGGUCACCGAGUCCCAGAAAAGAGCAGGACUCUGACAGAUGGAAGGACAAACAUGUGGACCGCCCUCCUCCUGAGGAGCCGUCAGUUGGUGAUAUCUACAAUGGGAAAGUCACCAGUAUCAUGCAGUUUGGGUGUUUCGUCCAGCUGGAAGGACUGAGAAAACGAUGGGAAGGAUUGGUUCACAUUUCAGAGCUUCGUAGAGAAGGCCGUGUGGCCAAUGUGGCAGAUGUUGUCAACAAAGGUCAAAGAGUCAAAGUCAAGGUGCUGUCAUUCACCGGCUCCAAGACCAGCUUGAGCAUGAAGGAUGUAGACCAAGAUACUGGCGAAGACCUCAACCCCAACAGGAGGCGUAACGUGGGCCCAGACGGAGGGGAGGACAGCAUGCGAAAUCCAGACCGGCCAAGCAACUUAAACCUGGGCCACGCACCCGAGAUGGAGCAGGACGACACCCUGGAGCGCAAGAGGCUCACUAAAAUAUCCGACCCUGAGAAAUGGGAGAUCAAACAGAUGAUUGCAGCAAAUGUCUUGUCGAAAGAGGAGUUUCCUGACUUUGAUGACGAGACUGGAAUUCUUCCUAAAGUGGACGACGAAGAGGAUGAAGACUUGGAGAUUGAACUUGUGGAAGAGGAGCCCCCGUUCCUGAGAGGACACACCAAACAGAGCAUGGACAUGAGCCCGGUCAAGAUUGUUAAGAAUCCAGAUGGCUCCCUGUCCCAGGCGGCUAUGAUGCAGAGCGCUUUGGCAAAAGAGCGACGUGAGCUGAAGCAGGCAGCUCGAGAGGCGGAGAUGGACUCAAUUCCCAUGGGACUGAACAAGCACUGGGUCGACCCCCUGCCAGACGCUGAUGGGCGCCAGAUUGCAGCUAACAUGAGGGGCAUCGGCAUGAUGCCCAAUGACAUCCCGGAGUGGAAGAAGCACGCCUUCGGAGGCAACAAGGCCUCCUACGGAAAGAAGACCCAGCUUUCCAUUCUGGAACAGAGAGAGAGUUUGCCCAUCUACAAGCUGAAGGAGCAGCUCAUUCAGGCUGUUCAUGACAACCAGAUCCUGAUUGUGAUCGGGGAAACUGGCUCUGGUAAGACCACACAGAUCACUCAGUACCUGGCUGAGGCCGGUUACACCACCAGAGGGAAAAUAGGAUGCACUCAGCCCCGACGUGUGGCCGCCAUGUCGGUGGCUAAGAGAGUGUCUGAAGAGUAUGGCUGCUGUCUGGGACAGGAGGUGGGUUACACUAUCCGUUUUGAAGACUGCACCAGCCCAGAGACAGUGAUCAAGUACAUGACAGACGGUAUGCUGCUGAGAGAGUGUCUCAUAGACUCUGAGCUGGGUCAGUAUGCCAUCAUCAUGUUGGAUGAAGCCCACGAGAGGACCAUCCACACCGACGUUCUGUUUGGCUUACUCAAGAAGACGGUGCAGAAGCGGACAGACAUGAAGCUCAUUGUGACCUCGGCCACGCUGGACGCCGUCAAGUUCUCUCAGUACUUCUACGAGGCACCCAUCUUCACCAUCCCAGGACGAACUUAUCCUGUAGAAGUUCUUUACACCAAAGAACCUGAGACGGACUACCUGGACGCCAGUCUGAUCACUGUCAUGCAGAUCCACCUGACCGAGCCUCCAGGUGAUAUCCUGGUGUUCCUGACUGGACAGGAGGAGAUCGACACGGCUUGUGAAAUCCUCUACGAGCGCAUGAAAUCUUUAGGUCCUGAUGUUCCGGAGCUGAUUAUUCUCCCUGUCUACUCUGCACUGCCCAGUGAGAUGCAGACCAGAAUCUUUGACCCGGCGCCUCCAGGCAGCAGAAAGGUGGUUAUAGCAACAAAUAUUGCUGAGACGUCGCUGACCAUCGACGGAAUCUAUUACGUCGUGGAUCCUGGCUUUGUCAAACAGAAAGUCUACAACUCCAAGACAGGAAUCGACCAGCUGGUGGUGACGCCCAUCUCACAGGCUCAGGCAAAGCAGCGGGCCGGCAGAGCUGGGCGAACAGGACCGGGUAAAUGUUACCGGCUCUACACAGAGAGAGCGUACCGAGAUGAGAUGUUGACCACAAACGUGCCGGAGAUCCAGAGAACAAACUUGUCCAGCACUGUGCUCUCCCUCAAGGCCAUGGGCAUCAACGACCUGCUUUCUUUUGACUUCAUGGACGCUCCUCCCAUGGAGACGCUCAUCACCGCCAUGGAGCAGCUCUACACUCUGGGUGCUCUGGAUGAUGAAGGCCUGCUCACUCGCCUCGGCAGACGGAUGGCCGAGUUUCCUCUAGAACCCAUGCUGUGCAAGAUGUUGAUCAUGUCUGUGCACCUGGGCUGCAGUGAAGAGAUGCUGACCAUCGUGUCCAUGUUGUCGGUGCAGAACGUCUUCUACAGGCCUAAAGACAAGCAGGCCUUGGCUGACCAGAAGAAGGCCAAGUUCCACCAACCUGAGGGUGACCAUCUUACACUGCUGGCUGUCUACAACUCAUGGAAAAACAACAAAUUCUCAAACCCAUGGUGCUACGAGAACUUCAUCCAGGCUCGAUCUCUGCGCCGCGCUCAGGACAUCCGCAAGCAGAUGUUGGGCAUCAUGGACCGACACAAACUGGACGUGGUAUCAUGUGGCAAGGCCACGGUGAGAGUCCAGAAAGCUAUCUGCAGCGGUUUCUUCAGGAACGCGGCUAAAAAGGAUCCACAAGAAGGCUACAGGACGCUGAUAGACCAACAGGUGGUCUACAUCCAUCCUUCCAGCGCAUUGUUCAACCGACAGCCUGAGUGGGUUGUGUACCAUGAGCUGGUGCUCACCACAAAGGAGUACAUGCGAGAGGUGACCACCAUCGACCCCCGCUGGCUGGUGGAGUUUUCGCCUGCCUUCUUCAAAGUCUCAGACCCCACUCGCCUCAGCAAGCAGAAGAAACAGCAGCGCCUGGAGCCGCUGUACAAUCGCUACGAGGAGCCCAACGCCUGGAGGAUCUCACGGGCGUUCAGGAGGCGCUGAGUCCCAUACUUCACUGUCCCUCUGGUGGAGCUUGCUGUUUUUAUAAGUACAUGCUUUUUACUAAGUCAGAGUUAAACCUUUGGACAAGUCUUUUUUGUUUGAGUUACCUUAGUUGCUGUAAUAAUGUACAUUUUUGGUGUCUGACAUCAA